GAAAAAAAGGAGAGAAGAAAAAAAAAUUGCGGCUCGGGCACGCAGGAUUUGUUCCCCCCGCAUCGCAUCUCCCCCAACCCUCUCGCUCCGCCGCCGACCCUCCCGCACGCCGCUCCUCCGCCGCGCGCGCCCUCCUCCUGCUACGCCUCCCACGCCGUCCCGUCGGAUGCCGCGCGUGUCCCGCUCAGCCGCCCCGCUGCCCCUCCGCCGCGCGUGCCCGACUCCUCCUCCUCCUCCGCCGCCGCCGCGGCCUCGUUCGUCCAGGCCCGGGAGGAGCCCGUGAGGUUAUCAUAGCGCAAGCCCAGGCAGCAACCCGGCCAAGCUCACCCGUCUUCAUCAGCAGGGGUCGUCCGGCCGCCACCACGCGUCGCCGGUCGUGUCACCGCCGCCACUUCCGCUGCUUAUGAGAGCCCUCACUGCCGCCACAAUCUCCUCCCCGAUACGCGCCCUCCUCCUCCACCCCUCCUUCCCCUCAACCCUCCGCCUCCCUCUCACCAUGAACCCCUCCUCCUCCUCUGGCUACCGCUCCAAUGCCUCUGCCUUUGCCUCCACGCACCAGCCGCGUGGCGGCCGUGGCGGUGGCAGGCGACCGGGUGGCGGCGGCGACGGUGGUGGCGGCGGCGACGGCGGAAACCGCAUCGACGCCCUCGGCCGCCUCCUGACGAGGGUCUUGCGGCACAUGGCGCCGGAGCUGAGGCUGAACAUGAGGAGCGACGGGUAUGUGCGGGUCCGCGACCUGCUCCGCCUCAACCUGGAGACCUUCGCCAAGGUUCCGCUCAACUCCCACACAGUGGAUGAAAUCAGGGAGGCGGUCAGGCGAGACAACAAGCAGAGGUUUGGUCUGUUGGAGGAGGAUGGCGACCUGCUGAUUCGAGCUAACCAGGGGCACACUGUGACAACUGUUACAUCAGAGAGCUUGUUGAAACCAAUUCUAUCGGCUGAUGAAGUCUCAGUCUGUGUCCAUGGAACUUACAGGAAAAAUGUUGAUUCAAUAUUGAAACAUGGGCUUAAACGUAUGGCAAGGCUACAUGUACAUUUCUCAAGUGGUUUACCAUCAGAUGGAGGAGUUAUUAGUGGUAUGCGGAGUGGCGCAAACAUAUUGAUAUAUUUGAAUGUCAGAAAGGCACUGCAAGACGGGAUGAAGCUAUACAUCUCAGACAACAAGGUGAUCCUGACAGAGGGCUUCGAUGGCGUUGUCCCCAUCAAGUACUUCGAGAAGAUCGAAACAUGGCCAGGACGUGCACCGAUACCGUUCCAGAGGUAGAAGAGGCCUUGCCGUAGCACUGGAGUCCUGCACGGCCUCUCGCUCAGCGAAAACUUGGGAUGAAUGCGCUGCACGACAAGAGUUUCAUCAUGUAAUCAUUCUGCUGCUGCUGUGGACUUUUUACUGGUUGUGCAGAACCUGUGUAUGGUUAUGAUGACCAGAUGUUAUGGAAUAGCAAAUUUGGUUUAUGAUGUGUGAA